AUGUUUUUCAUAACUUUUUUAAUUAAAAGUUUAAACUGUAACGAAUGUGGUGAAGUUUCGUUAUCGCUGUUAGCGGAAACCCUUGGACCGGCUUUUAACGGACGAUACAUGAGCAUAUCGACACCGAUGGACGAUGAUGCGUUCCUUAACGAGAGCAUGAUGCAAGGAAAAAGAAAAACGGACUACGUUUUAAAUUUUCUCGCACAAAAUGUCGAAGACGACGAGGAAAAACCAGCAUGGGAAAUCAAGAAUCAUAUAGAAUAUUCUAUUAAGAAGCAAAAACAAAAUACUCACCAGCAACGAAAAAAACGAAAUACAAAUUACAUGCAAGAGUGGCAUUGUAAAUCAACGUUAGUAUGGACCGACUUGGGACCCGAUUAUUUUCCGAGAUACCUCAGAUCUGUGAACUGCCUUUCUGAGCAUUGUUGGUUUAAAAUUUAUAAGUGCAAGCCUAGAUCUUUUGCCGUUAAAAUUUUAAGAAGAAAGAGAAACAAAUGUGUGCCAUUGAAGCCUGGUACUAAAAUCGGCAGCGAAGGUCUGCCCAUGGAACUGAAGGAGCUCUGGGUGUGGGAAGAACGGCCGGUGAACUUUUGCUGCGAUUGCACUAUUUUUAAUAUGUAA